AUGAAGGGGCUUAAUAUUGGCAUUCGGAUACGAAACUCUACAUCCGCGAAUAUUAAACCCGGUAAAAGUACACACCCCUACGACACUGGCGUUGAAGAUACAGCCGCAAUAAUUAGAGACGGCGGACAACUGACACCCGCGUCUCGUUAUACGGAACGAGCUGAGACCUUGAGAGAGCAAACACCACAAGCUCCGGACCAGCUACGAAAGAACAAGAGAGUCAACUCAGCUUCCAGCCUCCGGAAUCAGAUAUUUGCAUCUACACCACAGAGAAGGAGCAGAUUAACGUGUACCCCGGAAUCUCGGGCCAAUUUCAAGUGCUCGAAAGAACAUAGAACUAAGUUUCGUAGCAUUCUUGGAAUAACCAAGAAUAAAGCGAAGAUAUCAAAUACUAGCCAUCUUUCGACAGAACUAGAGUCCCAAGUAGAAGAGACUCGUCAAGAAUCUUGGUGGUCCUUCAAGAGGCGGGCGAGCGCAUAUAACGGAGAUAGAGACACGAACUCCGGCCUAGCAGAGAAAUUAAUGCCUCGCAACGAAGAGGGCGGAAACAACCUAGAGGAGCUAGUAAAUACCCGAAGGGUACGGAAUAGUGACACAAAUGGUCGCGGAAGCGGUUAUAUGCGGCAUAAGAUGAUGAAGCCGUCCGAAAGGAACGUCGACCAAGCAUACGGUGAAACGGAGAAAACGGAGAAGGGAUGUUUAUCUCCACGAGCAGACGCGGAACUAGCAAAAAUACCGGGGCCAUCAAAGCGGCGCCGAAAGAGCCUAUCCUCAUCCCAGGUUCGUGCGAGCACGGCCGGAACUAGUUCCACACCUAGCAACGUAGCAACGCACAAGUAUGUCACCCGAGAAGAAUGGAGGCAUCAAACUCCGUCCCCUAUGAUUCCCACUCAGGUUUUACGAUUGCUGCUAGGCCCCGGGAAGUCGCCGUCACCGAAAAUAGGGACACAACUAGACCGGGAGGACAUCGAAACUCGUACAUCGGCAUCAUCUACGGCUAUGCUGGGACGACAAAGUCGGGAGGGUCGUGCUUCUGGCAGACAGUCGAUGGAGCAGAGGAAUAGAUCAUGGAUUCCAUUCUGGGUAUCGUCUCGGCCGCAGGUAGGACUCCCACGGCACGAUAAUGCUGACGGGGCGUCAAGACAAGAAGAUCUUGCGGAGCCGAGUACGGGAGAGCAGGGGAGAAUCACACGCAGGAGAUGGAAAAGUGGAUAG